AUGGCGUACGAUCCUCACACACAUGCUGAUUACCAGUCCAAUGAAGCUGCUGCAACUGCCAAUACUAUUGACACGCAAUCUAUAAAUUACACAACCGCGCCUUCCCUGACACAAGAAGAACUGUAUAAUAUAUCUCAACCAUCACAGGCAAUAAAUCCUCAUACGAUAUCAAGUACAGCCAGCCACCAGCAUCAACAAGAACAAGAACUUCUUUCCGAGUAUACUGUGCCCAAUCCGCCCAUCUCGACAAAACAGUCAAACGCUGUUGCCGCGGACCAAGGUCCUGUCGGGGAUACGACGGAACAACCACGGACAUUGUGGAUGGGUGAUUUGGACUCCUGGCUCGAUGAGAACCAGAUUGCAGACCUUUGGUGGAACUUAUUGCAGAAGAAAGUUGUUGUAAAGAUAAUAAAGCCAAAAACGUUGAAACUUGAUCCGCAAUUUCAAGGAUUGACCAAUUCCGGCUACUGCUUUGUUGAAUUUGAAACUUUUGAAGAUGCUCAACAAGCAUUGAGUUUGAACGGGCAAUUACUACCUGAUAUCGCCAUGCCAUCGCAACAACUCUAUCCGAAUAACCCGGAUAACCAGAAAAAGUACUUUAGGUUGAAUUGGGCCAGUGGAGCUACCUUAAGCGCUCCAAUUGUUCAGAUACCAGAGUAUUCCCUAUUUGUUGGUGAUUUGUCGGCAUCUACCACUGAAGCCCAUCUUUUAGCAUUUUUUCAAAAAAAGUUUCCCAAUUCAAUCAAGACUGUAAGGGUGAUGACCGAUCCGGUGUCAGGAAAAUCGAGAUGCUUCGGUUUUGUCAGAUUUACUGAGGAGCUGGAGAGGCAGAGAGCUUUAACUGAAAUGAAUGGAGUUUGGUUUGCAGGCAGGCCAUUACGAGUUGCGCUUGCCACACCUCGCAGCACGAAUUAUCGCAAGUUUUCGAAACCAAACAACGUGCCAUUUUCGCAGCAAGGUGACUAUUACAGUUCCGACUCUACUUCUGGUGUACAGAUGCCACCAGAAAUGAUGUUUCUUCCACCUGGAGCGCCACAAAACCAAAUGGGCGGUAGUCCAUUGUUUGGUUACUUCAAUCCAAUUCCUAACGAUAGAUCGCCAGGUGCUUUGCAUUUACCACCGGACUUGGAUAACAAUUUUUUACAGCACGAUCCACAAAGUCAGGGGCAGCCUUAUAUGUCCCCGUCCUUACCAAUUCCUCCUCAGCAAAGCCCAAUGCAAUCCCAGAUACUGCUGACUCAGUAUUCUGAUCCAAAUAAUACAACUGUUUUUGUUGGAGGCCUAUCUUCUGAGGUCACCGAGGCCACGCUAUUCACCUUAUUCAAACCUCUUGGUAUCAUCCAACAAAUUAAGAUUCCGCCAGGUAAGAAUUGUGGAUUUGUAAAAUAUUCCACUCGAGAGGAGGCAGAGAGAGCAAUUGCUGCCAUGCAAGGGUUUAUUAUUGGUGGCAAUAGAGUCAGGUUGAGCUGGGGUAGAGUUUCGAUGAAUAAUAAAAAGUAUCAACGACAGCAACAUCAAGUAGCACAGGCUGCUCAGAUGCAAGUAGCAGCGGCAUUAUCUAUGGGUAUGGACCCAUCGUCUGCCAUUGCCGCUGCUGCUGCCGCUGCUGCCGGUGGAUUCCCACCUGUGAUGCCCCAAUCACAUCCUCACCAAGUACCACCACAUAUGCUUGGUCCUGGGCCACAAAUAAACAUGCCUCCACCGCCUCCUCCUCCUGCGGCGGCGGCGGCGGCGGCAGCAGCAGCAGCAGCAGCAGCACAAGUUCAUUCUAUGGGUAUUCCUGUCCCUCCUCAUCAAUACGGACAAUAUGGUGGCAAUAUCCAGCCACAGUCUUCAGAGGAAGGUGAAUCUAUAGAUACAACAAGCACCAGGGCUGGAGUAGAAACGGGUGAAAGUGAGCCAUCGUAUACAAGUACUCCUAUAAGAGGAAGUGGUAAGGAUGCCGAAGCCGCUAGUCGGAAUGCUCCAUUUCAAGGUAAAGCUUUCCGGUACGGGUACUCUCGUGAACAAGUACCACCACCACCACAGCAACAGCAACAGCAACACCAAGAAGGUGGCGAUGAUGAAAAUUUGAUAAAUUCAAUGAACAAGAUGAAAUUAACUGAUGACAAUGGUUCCGAAGCAUUUGGCGAUUCACUGGUUUACCAAAUGCUAGAAUACAAGCAGCAAAAUAAGCUUGGGGAACAUGCGGAAACACCCAGCAAAUCGGACAAGAAGGGACCCGAACUGAGGACGAGGGAAGAGUGA